AUGGACCAGUUUGUGAGCUACGUUAUGGGCACGGGUGCCGACCGAGCAGAGCUGCUGCGGCUGCUCCGUGAAAAACACAAGGAGUACGAAACGCCCGCCGAGGAGCGCCCGGGCUCGGACAGGGUGUCCAGCGCCGAGCUGCUCCCGGUGAAACAAGAGAGCGAGGACCAUCUGCACCCGCUUUUCCGCGAAAACAUGGCCGACAGGUUCCAGGAACCAGACCUGCACACGCAGUUGCAAAAUCACAACAUCGACCUGCCGUCGAUGGACGACGCGCACGUGAAAGAGCUCAAGUCGCAGGUUGCCAAGGAGUACGAGACGCUGGCAAGGCAGUUUGCUGCGGCGCGAAUAGCCAACAUCGACCAGCUAGUGGACAAGAUCGACGAUGCCAUCAGCUCCACCAAGGAGGAUUUCGUGUAUCUGCAGCGCCAGAUGAGCGUUCUGGACGCGGACGGGUUUGCGAGCCGGCCUGUGGUGGAGUCGCCGGCGUCCGACCCGGACCUUUUCUACAACUACUUCGCAACCAGCUACGCAGACAAGAUGCAGCUUCUGGGCCAGAUCGCGGCGCUGACGGCGCACCGGCUGGAGACGAUCGACCGCGAGACCGACGCGAACGUCGCCAUCGUGCACGGCCAGUACAGAGCGGCCCUGGUGGAGAACAGGGAGGCGUUGCAGCAGCAGAUCCACGCGAAGAUCGACGAGCUGAACGCCGAGUACCCGGCGCAGACGGGCGAGCCUGCGGGCGCGGGCGCGGCGCCCGAGAACGAGCUCAAGUCGCGCAAAAAACGCUCCAACUCGCUCAUAAAUCUGGCCGACAUCGCCCAGGUGUACGGCGACGACAAACCUUGA